UUAACUUGUGUUUAGGUGGACGAUUUCAGAAUAGAUAAUAAUGUCAUGUUUUCUCAGUUAAUUUCGAGCCUUCAUUUUCUUUCCGUUAAAGGAUAUCUAUGGAGGAGAACAAUUAUCGGUUGAGGCAGAUUUCAUCCUCGAGAUCGUUAGCUAUGUUGGUUGCCUGAUGUCAAUAUCGGGCCUUGUGAUGACAAUCUUUACAUUUGCCACAAACAAAAAGCUUCGAGACCGGAAACCCAACCAGAUUCUCCUAUCCCUCUGCUGUGCCUUACUAGGACUCUAUGUGGUCUUUAUAGUCAUGAUAUCAGUGGACACUAAACGGGAUGUGACUGAGCUCUCCCCUCUCCCUUGCUCGAUCCUGGCUGCAUUCCUCCAAUAUUUCAUCCUGGCAGCUAUUUUCUGGAUGGCCGUUGAGGGCUACAACAUGCAUAAUCUCCUCGUACUGGUCCACCAUUACUAUUUGCCACGGUUUAUGAAGAAAGCUUCGUUGAUCGCAUGGGGUUGCCCUUUGUUAAUAGUCGGGAUUACUGCAGGUGCUUCAAGACAACACUACGCACAGACAGAUUUUUGCUUCCUUGCAUUUUGGCCUGUGAUCAGUGGGCUCCUGAUACCUAUUGGUGUCGUCAUGAUCUUCAACUUUGUCAUCUAUGUUCGGGUCCUCAUGCGACUAAACAAAACUAUGAAAGGACAACACCUGGACAAGACGGAGAAGCGCCAGCGGAUUCGACGUUUCCAGAACGCAGUUUGCAUCUUGACUCUAAUGGGUCUCACGUGGUCUUUUGGUUACCUGAGCAUCAUACAACCAGCCAGUGCGGUUGUACAAGGAAUCUUCACUGUACUGAACUCUCUUCAGGGGUUUUUCAUCUUCAUGCUGUAUUGCGUUAGACAGCCUCAGGUGCGCAUGGCAUGGCGUUCCCAGUUCAAAUGCUGCUUACCUAAAUAUUUCACGACGCCCUCUGCGGCCAGUUCCGGUUCUGGACAACCCAGCUCAACGCUCAAGAACAGCUCAUCAGACCUGAAGGACGGCCCUUUCCCAACUCGGACUCCAGCGGAAAUCCGCCCAGAGACAGGAGGCUAG